AUGUCUUCUGAAAAUUUGGCACUUAUGCCAUCAUACGAUGACGAACAAGAUGAAAAUGCUUUAAAAAGAGGCGCCAUCAGUAAAUUGACAAAGGCAAGGAAGGCAGAUUUUGAUGAAGAUAAAAACACACAAAAUAAGGUCAGUGGCAAAGAGGAUAAUCAAGAGCCAGAAAAGAAAAAACAAAGAGUGGGUAGACCUUCACAGUUGGAUGAAAAUGGUAACCCAAUUCCAAAACCUAAGAGAUUGCCAAAACGUAAAGUAGCUGUUAUGGUUGGUUACUGUGGUACAGGUUAUUGUGGUAUGCAAUAUAACCCACCAAAUCCAACCAUUGAAGGAGCCCUUUUUAAAGCUUUUGCUGAAGCAGGUGCAAUCUCUGAAGAUAAUGCAAAGGACUUGAAAAAGAAUGGAUUUAUGAGAGCUGCUAGAACUGAUAAAGGUGUUCAUGCAGGUGGUAAUCUGAUCUCUGUUAAAUUAAUUAUUGAAGAUCCAGAUAUUAAAGAAAAAAUUAAUCAGCAUUUACCUGAAGGUAUUAGAGUAUGGGAUAUUAGCAGAGUCAAUAAAGCUUUUGAUUGUAGAAAGAUGUGUAGUUCUCGUUGGUAUGAAUAUCUGCUACCAACUUAUUCAUUGAUCGGGCCAAAACCAAAUUCUAUUUUAUACAACGAUUUAGAAAAAAGUAAAAAAGAGUAUCCUGGUGUAUUGGAUGAUGAUAUGGAAUCAGUUGAGUUUUGGCAAAAAUUUAACGAGAAAUGUAAUGAAACAUUUUCAAAAGAAGAUUUAGAACAGAUUAAAAAUUACGUUCCACCUCCAAAGGAUCAGUUUGAUGGAGAAAGUGAAAUUUACUUAAAAGUUAGACAAUACAAAGCUUUAGAAAAUUCUUUACGUAGACAAUACCGUAUAUCAAAGGAAAAAUUGAAUAAAUUUCGUUCUUCUAUGAAACAGUAUGUCAAUGCUCACAAUUUUCACAAUUUCACACAAGGUAAGGAUUUUAAGGACUCAAGUGCAAUUAGAUACAUGAAACAAAUUAAAGUCUCUGAACCAUUUGUUAUUGGUGAUGCAAAGACUGAAUGGGUCUCUAUCAAGAUUCAUGGGCAAUCAUUUAUGUUACAUCAAAUCCGUAAAAUGAUUUCAAUGGCUACCAUGGUUACUCGUUGCGGUACUCCGGCGGAACGUAUUGCACAAGCCUAUGGUCCGCAGAAAAUUAAUAUUCCAAAGGCACCAGCACUGGGAUUACUAUUGGAAGCUCCUGUUUAUGAUGGUUAUAAUUCUCGUUUACAACAAUUCGGUUAUGAUCCAAUUGAUUUUAGUAAACAUCAAGAAGAGAUCGACGCCUUUAAAAUGAAGCAUAUUUAUGAUAAAAUUUAUAAAGAAGAAGUUGAUGAUAAUGUAUUUAAUGCAUUUUACACUUAUAUUGAUUCUUUCACCAGAGUUACUGGUGCUAAUGGGGAGGAGAGUGAAACUAAAAAGGGUACUAAUGUUCAGAAAAGUAUUUUUGAAUUUUUAACAGCUAGAGGUAUCCCAGGUAUUGAUAAAGAUGGCAAGCUAAUCACUAAGAACAAGCAAGAAACAAGAAAUGAAAAUGAAACUAAAGAAGAGACUAAAGUAGAAAUUAAAGAAGAAACUAAAGAUGCAAAUGAACACACUGAAUUCAUUGAUAAGGAAGUAAAAUCAUAA